GAAACACCGGAUUAGAACUACACCAUAUAUAUAGUCGCUUAAAACCCUAAAGUUGCUUUCUAUCCUCUUCCCUUUGUCAGGGUUUACAGCCUCCUCACCGCGUGAAGAUCCAAGGAAGAGAAAAAUGGCUGCUCCUUUGCUUGACAAGAAAAUAGUGAAAAAGCGUGUCAAGAAGUUCAAGAGGCCUCAAAGUGACCGCAAGAUAUCUGUUAAGACAAACUGGCGAAGGCCAAAGGGUAUUGACUCGCGUGUCAGGAGGAAGUUUAAGGGAGUCACUCUCAUGCCCAAUAUCGGUUAUGGUUCAGACAAGAAGACGAGACACUAUCUCCCCAAUGGAUUUAAGAAAUUUGUUGUGCACAAUGUCAAAGAAUUGGAGCUUUUGAUGAUGCACAACAGGACUUACUGUGCUGAGAUUGCUCAUGAUAUUUCCACCCGGAAGAGGAAGGAGAUUGUUGAGCGUGCGUCACAGUUGGACAUUGUUGUCACCAACAAAUUGGCCAGGUUGCGCAGCCAGGAGGAUGAGUAAACAUGAAGUGCUAGAUUAUGUUGUGUUACUUUUGCUUUCUCUCUGUUCUUAAGGGAGUUGUGCUAAUUAUGUUGUUAACUUUGGUUAUGUUCAAGAUUCUUGUUCUAUCUUGUUUUAUGGCUUCACUUUCAACUCUAGACGAAUCGCUACUUCAGACUUGUUUGAAACCACAAAGGUUCCCCCCUUAUUUCCCAUUUAUUUUUUAUGUAGCUUUGCUUAGCUUCUUCUCUUUCAA